CGGUGGACUAAACAAAUGAAGCCUUUGACCUUUGACCCCCGGCCGUCUGCUUCACGGCGGGCGUUUGCCGUCCAAAGCUCAAACGCUCCUCACGGAACCACAGUGGAAGCGUCCAUGGGGGACAGCUUGAGCUCGGCGGCGCCGCCCGACCCACAAGACCCGUCUUCGGCGGAGGAUGCAUUAGACCGCCAUCGGGAUCGUCGUCAUCGCCCGAGUCCAAUGGUCGACUGCCUUCAGAUGGUGUCGCCUGCCCGGCUGGACACAGAGCCAGCGCCGCUGCUUCAGCUCCAGGAGGUGGACUCCAGCAAGAGCUCCCCGGGACUGCUGCCCUCCAUCUACAGCCCGCCGCUGGGCAUGGACGGCCACACGCUGUGCAUCAGCUCACCCUACACGGACUGUAACCAGGACUACGCGCAUGGACCUUUGCCCUUCUACAGCCCGUACGGCUACGCCCGGCCGUCCAUCAGCGACAGUCCGUCCUCGAUGUGCCCGUCAAUUAGUCCCUCCGCCUUCUGGUCCUCGCACGGACAUAGCGAGUCCUCGCUGGGCCUUCGCUGUCCUCCGCCUCUGGUCUACAAGGACGCUAGCCCACACUGGAUGGACGCUAAAGGACUCAACCACAGCAGCUGUCCCAAACUGGCGGGGAAGCGUUCCGAGGACGGCGGCGGCAAGUCGGACACUCACUUCUGUGCCGUGUGCCACGACUACGCCUCGGGCUACCACUACGGGGUGUGGUCAUGUGAGGGCUGCAAAGCCUUCUUUAAGAGGAGCAUCCAAGGCCACAACGACUACAUCUGUCCCGCCACCAACCAGUGCACCAUCGACAAGAACCGCCGCAAAAGCUGCCAAGCCUGCCGCCUGCGAAAGUGCUACGAAGUCGGCAUGAUGAAGUGUGGAGUGAGGCGGGAGCGCUGCAGCUACCGCGGGGCCCGCCACCACCGCAGAGGGUCCCUCCAGUCCCGGGGUCUAGACCGGGUGGGCCUGGCUCCGCGGGCCCAGCGGCACCUCCACCUGCAGGCGCCGCUGGCGCAGGCGGAGCGAGCGCCGCAGUCCAGCAUGAGCCCGGAGGAGUUCAUCUCUCGCAUCAUGGAGGCGGAGCCGCCCGUCAUCUACCUGAUGGAGGACAUGAAGAAGCCCUUCACCGAGGCCAGCAUGAUGAUGUCGCUCACCAACCUGGCCGACAAGGAGCUGGUCCUCAUGAUCAGCUGGGCCAAGAAGAUCCCAGGCUUUGUGGAGCUAAGUCUGUCGGACCAGAUCCACUUGCUCAAGUGCUGCUGGCUGGAGGUCCUCAUGCUGGGCCUCAUGUGGAGGUCCGUGGACCAUCCUGGAAAACUCAUCUUCUCCCCAGACUUCAAACUUAACAGGGAGGAGGGUCAGUGCGUUGAAGGCAUCAUGGAGAUCUUCGACAUGCUGCUGGCUGCAACCUCACGCUUCAGGGAACUCAAACUGCAGCGUGAAGAGUACGUCUGCCUCAAGGCCAUGAUACUACUCAACUCCAAUCUGUGCACGAGUUCCCCGCAGACGUCGGAGGAGUUGGCGAGCAGGAAGAAGCUCCUGGGCCUCCUGGACUCUGUGAUCGACGCCCUGGUGUGGUCCAUCUCCAAGAUGGGACUGAGCAGCCAGCAGCAGACGCUCCGCCUGGGUCAUCUCACCAUGCUGCUGUCGCACAUACGACACGUCAGCAACAAGGGGAUGGACCACCUGUCCAGCAUGAAGCGGAAGAACGUGGUCCUGGUCUACGACCUCCUCUUAGAGAUGUUAGACGCCAACACGUCCGGUGGCAGCGCCCAGGCGUCGCCCCCCUCGCCGCCCUCGGACUGCUACCUGGACCACCGAGCUCCGCCCCGCUUGCCGUCGCCUUCCGCCGCCGCGGCGGGCGUCGACGUCACGGCGGCCGGCGCCCACCGAGUGGUCCUCGCUCACGGCUUUUCCUGGUCUUUGGACUCGGGGGACGCCGCCUCGUCGUCGGCGGACACGACGGACUUCGGGAUCCCCGGCGUCGUCUAGACGGCCGACCGACCUACAGUGGAUACAUUUCGUCGUCGUCGAUCCGUUUUUUUUUUCCUCUCCAGAAAUGCUUCGUACUCGUCGUCACGCCGGCAGGUUGCCAUGACGACAGCGGCCUUUUCUGCUCCUUGUACAAACUGUUCGUCCCGCCCCGUGACU